AUGAGGGGGAGGCACGUGGGCUCCGCCGGGAUAAGGGCCGCGCCGGCUGGCGGUGGGGGCUGCUGCCGCUGCAGCGGGGGAAGCAAAUUGCUCUGUGUCCAAGAUGUGGCAGUCUGUGCCUGUCCUGUGUGUCCUGCUGGCUCUGGUGGGUGCGCGCAGCAUCCCCUACUUCGCUCCCCUCUCACAUGACGUGGUCAACUACAUCAACAAGCUCAACACUACAUGGCAGGCUGGGUACAAUUUUCGCCACGCAGACAUGAGUUAUGUAAAGAAACUGUGUGGUACCUUCCUGCAUGGGCCCCGGCUGCCAGAGAGGGUUGCAUUCGCAGAAUACCUGGACUUGCCAGACAACUUCGACUCCCGGGAGCAGUGGCCAAACUGUCCAACCAUUAAAGAGAUCAGAGACCAGGGCUCUUGUGGCUCUUGCUGGGCAUUCGGAGCGGUUGAAGCCAUCUCGGACAGAAUCUGUGUCCACACCAACAGCAAGGUGAACGUGGAAGUCUCAGCAGAAGACUUGCUGUCUUGUUGCGGCUUUGAGUGCGGCAUGGGGUGCAAUGGUGGCUACCCCACUGGAGCGUGGCAGUACUGGACCGAGAGAGGCCUGGUGUCUGGUGGGCUCUACGACUCCCAUGUGGGCUGCAGGCCAUACUCCAUCCCUCCAUGUGAGCACCAUGUCAAUGGGUCACGGCCACCAUGCACCGGAGAGACUGGAGACACACCCAAGUGCAGCAAGCACUGUGAAGAUGGCUACAGCCCUUCAUACCAGGAGGACAAACACUAUGGCGUUACAUCAUACAGCGUCCCUCGCAGUGAGAAGGAGAUAAUGGCCGAGAUCUACAAGAAUGGCCCGGUGGAGGGAGCCUUCAUUGUGUAUGAAGACUUCCUGAUGUACAAGAAUGGUGUGUACAAACAUGAAACUGGGGAGCAGGUUGGAGGCCAUGCUAUCAGGAUCCUUGGCUGGGGUGUGGAAAACGACACCCCUUACUGGCUGGCUGCCAACUCCUGGAACACGGACUGGGGUGACAACGGCUUCUUUAAGAUCCUCAGAGGGCAGGACCACUGCGGAAUAGAGUCGGAGAUCGUGGCCGGCGUGCCCAAGACUGAAGAGUACUGGAAGAGGAUCUGACUUUUUUUAGCAUCUCAACUGCGGCCAAAGCCACCAAACCACGAAGAAAUCUGACUUGGAUGCUUUUACCUGGUAGCAGAUUAGGGGCAGAGCUAGCCCAUGCUCUGAAGAGACUGUAUAGUCAAAGCCACUUUUUAAGAAAGCCUUUUAUCUUUUUGUUUUUUAAUUGUACCGUGGGAGGAAAGGGGCAGGCUGUGCACAGAUGCACUGCGUGCCUCUCUCUGCCACGGCCACCUCCCAAACCAUCCUUUCCUACCCCAAAGACUCCUGCAGGAGUGGGGCUGCUGGCAUCUCCAUGCAGCAGUGAGGUAUCCUGAGAAACUUGGGCUUUUGGUGGCCUGGUUCAGUAGAGCCUCAUUGGCCAAGCCUGAAGGUGGGGAGGGGAGAGCAAUUAACUUUCUUCUGACCCCAUAAACUGCAGGGCAUCAGGACAAGGUGACCUACUAGGUUUUUUCUAACUCUGAUGUAAGGACACUUACCAUGAUGGAGCAUGGCCUGGUAACCUGUGUCCCGAGCAUGCUCCGCAAGCUGCGAGUGCUCUACAGCAGCCUAGGUUCCCCAAGUAGGUAUGUGCAAAGCAUGACCUGUAAGUGCACAGCUCGGGAUAGUGCCCAGAAACUUCUGAAAACUUUUGUGCCUUGGUUUUCUUAACUUUGCUUCUUGGGGGAAGAGAAGUGAUUGACACAAUACUGACCAUUUGAGGUGGACUGGCUCUGCGGAGUUGAGGGGAAAAAGGGUCCUUACUUAUAAAGUAACUGAAAGCCUUUAGUUAAAUAGCUUGCUGUUUUUAGCUUCUGCCAAAACACUGGCUGUUACAUCUUGGGGGUUUCUACUCUGGGAAGCAGGGGGUGGGGGAGAGUUGGUGUGAGCUCCAGAUACUGAGCAUGUCUGGCUUCUCAACAAAAAGAGCACAGUAUAGCUGCUACCACCCAGCCCCAGAUGUCCUCCCAGGAUACUUAUUAAGCAACCCCCAUCCCUUCGAGAGUUCCCAGUGCAGAAUAUGGAAAUCCUUAUAUUGCUUGUAAGAUCCCAACACUUCUACUUGAUUCCCCAACAGCCAUGGGAAAGAGGGCUUAGCAUUGUCCAUGGCAGUAGCCACAGGAGAAGCUUGCAGUCAUCUAGCUGCUUUGCACCACUGUCCUGUAGUGCAGGAGACUUGAAGACUUCCAUUUUUGUUCCUAGGAAC